UUCUCGGUGCGGCCGGCGCGGAGCGGCCAGAGGUGCCCGGAGCAGGCAGAGGUGCCCGGCAGCCGCUGCUCCCCCCCCUGCCCCGCGCAGCCCGCGCCCGCCCGGCCCCGCCCGCCGCCCCGCGCACUGCGUAGGGACGCACGGACGCGCGCGCAGCGAGCCAGGCAGCCGCGGCCGGGCCGCCACCACGAAGCGCCGCAGCCCGUUACUGAAAUCAUGAAUCCUGUGUAUAGCCCUGGGUCUUCUGGGGUUCCCUAUGCAAAUGCCAAAGGAAUUGGUUAUCCAGCUGGCUUCCCAAUGGGCUAUGCAGCAGCUGCUCCUGCCUAUUCCCCUAAUAUGUAUCCUGGAGCAAAUCCUACCUUCCAGACAGGUUAUACACCAGGCACCCCAUACAAAGUAUCUUGUUCACCCACCAGUGGUGCAGUGCCACCCUACUCUUCAUCACCAAAUCCGUAUCAGACUGCUGUGUACCCAGUUCGAAGUGCCUAUCCACAGCAGAAUCCAUAUGCACAGCAAGGCACUUACUACACACAGCCUUUAUAUGCAGCACCACCCCACGUAAUUCACCACACCACAGUUGUGCAGCCCAAUGGCAUGCCAGCAACCAUGUAUCCUGCUCCCAUCCCACCACCAAGAGGGAACGGUGUGACCAUGGGGAUGGUGGCUGGGACUACUAUGGCAAUGUCAGCAGGUACUUUGUUGACAACUCAUUCCCCAACUCCAGUAGCCCCUCAUCCAGUUACUAUGCCCACAUAUCGGGCUCCAGGAACUCCAACCUAUAGUUAUGUGCCCCCACAGUGGUGAUCAUCCUGGCAGUCAGUGUUUGAAGAUGGGAGAUAUGCAAUCAAGAAAUUGAGGUUUAAAAGUUGGUGCUGAAGCCCUCAUGCCUCCAACCAGGACUUUUCUUCUGAAUGCUUUCAACACUUGGCUAAACACUACUAAUUCCUGAUCACUGAAGAUUUUCCAGUGCUGCAUAUCUUACAUCUUGGAACUCCAGCAGUUAGUCUUAAAGCAAAUCCUGUUUUGUGGACUGUCUUGCAAUUUUUUAGCUAAUUAUAAUGAUAAAAAGGGAGUAUAAAUUUAUUCUGAUCCGUAUCUAGUUGAAUGCAUGUUAAAACACAAAAACAAAGCUUGCUCAAUCUACCUGCAGUGACUGAUGCAAAAACCAUCAUAUGCAAAUCCAAAGGAACCGAAAAGUAUUUUACAACUUGUAUCACUAAUGCACUGUUGUAAUGUAUGCAGGGUCUUAAAAGGCAGAACCAUGAAAGUGAGUUUCUUUAUAGAACACCAUACUAUACAUUAGAUAAGAGCUUCAGCCUUUUUCAGGUUGAUGGAGUUGCCAGUUUAAAAGGGGCAUAUUUUUAUUUAAGUGAUGUAUUCUUUUCAAAUUCAAUUAUUAAAUUGGAGUGACUGGAAAACAAGUCAGACAAGCUGUAGAAAUCCCGCACACAACUAUUUUACUUCAUACCUUUUUGUUUUCCUUGUAAGGAUUCAGUGUUAUACAGACGUUCUUAAGGAUCAGAAUGAAAUGACAAAGAUAAUGCUGUGUGUGCCAGUAAAUAAAGCAAACUUCCUUGAGGCAAAACUGGCUGUUGGGAAUAGUAGGAGGUGACAUCACCUGCAGAAUGAAUUGCAUGUCCUGGGGAGAUAGGUAUUUAGUACUAUCUUUCAUACGAUGCAAGAUGUGUCAAAGUGAGGCUGCCAUACAGACUGAUAGCAUAACACUUCCUUUUAGUUCUCUGUUCAGGAAAUCCAUGCUGUUUUUCCUAAAGAAUGUUGUAGUCAGUUGCAAAUGUGUAUGCAGUUGAUCCAGCUUGCUCUCCUGAAACUUAAGAAAUGCUGGGGCUUUCUACAGCAGACAGGAGGAGUUGAGCUGCUUGUUAUUCUGAGGAAAGCUUGUGUGCCUGAUGAGUAUGUUAAAGGGGAACAAAUCAUUUUAACACAAUUUCCUUAUUAGCUACUUGCAGUAUGGUCUAUAGAUAUGUUGUAGUAGGGCUGCCAGAAUACAGAGGUUUCAAAUAGAUGUUCUCUUUUUUUUUCCUGAUAUUUGUAAUUGAAGUAGGAGCUGUUUGUUGGUUACAGCAUUUUGAUGUGUUUGUUUAGUAUUUUGGUUUUUUACUUUCUAAAUUGCACUUGGAAGAGCAUGUACAAUAAGACUGACUGCAGAUCAGCAUUUCAUUGCAAUGCAUCACUUAUGAAAUUCUUUCAGUUUUUAAAAAGUACCUCAAAGCAAAUGCUGUGGGGAUUAAGGGCUAGCCUUGGAACCCAUUUGUAUACCAAAAUUGUUAUGGGGGAGGUUUUAAAUUUUUAAAUUUGAAUAUUGCACAUAAAAAGCUUUUUCUUAAACCUGCUUGGCUUACAAUUCCAGGAAGAUGCAAUUUUUUUUUAUACAUUCUGCCUGCAAUAAAUUAUGCAGUAAAUGGUUAACAAAAUGUUGUUCCCUUUUAAGCGUUUACACAGAGGUGUAUCAGGCUGUAUUGUUCUUGUAGAUUAACUUCCAUUCAGAAGUAAAUUUUUUAAAGUUGUGUAUCUAGUUAAGCUUUGUUUUGGGGUGUUCUGCUCCUCUACAGGUUUGGCAGGUACUUCAGGGUAGCAUCACUGCUGAUUUAAGGCUGCCAUUCCAGUACUCUGCCCUGGUGGGAGGCUCAGCUACCUUCAUAACCUGUUGGUGGUUAGAGCCUUCAGUAACUUUAUUUUUUACAGUGAGCACUCAACCUAUUUUGUAUUUUUAUUUUUUUUUAAUAAAGUUUAGGUUUAUUUUGCAUGAGUCACUGUCAGUGGACAGCCCCCUUAUUUCUAAUGCCUUGAACAUAAUUAUAUUGGGUAAGUACUUUAAACCUUACUCACGAGCACUUACUGCGGUGUAGGGAUUUCCAUAUGUUUUUAUAUGGAGCAGAAAAUGACCCCAGACAAACUUUAUUUGAAUCUGGACUGCUUUGUCCAAGUCUGUUUCACAGCUCCAUUUGUGUCAUAGGUUUGCAGCUUGGAUCAGUCAGGUGUGCCAGAGAGUGCGGUGAACAUGAACACAGGCUGUUUGUCCCUUUUAGCUAGUGGAGAGUGACGUGGUGUUGUCUUAGCAUGAUUUUCACAGAGCCAAGGAAGGAAGCAGGGCUGCCUUGGAGUGAAGCUCUGAAGAGUGAGCUCAAAGCUUUGCUUUCUUCUCUCUCGUCACCCAGUAAGUAAACUAAAGGUUUGAAAAUCAUAGGAGAGAACUUUCAUGAGUGCUGCAAUAGAUAAAUAGUUAAGGAACGAAUAAAACUUCCUAUAUAUUUGCUCUAACUUCAGAUUCCUAAAUGUCAUUGUGGAAUUGGUCUCUCUAGAAUAUUCCACAACAUUUAGGCAGUCUCACUUGAGCACUUUUUUUUUUUUUCUAAGUUGCAUUAUGGGAUUCAUCCACGAGGGGGAAACUGUACCUUUUUUUAAAAGGUACUACAACUUCCAGUUGUGAUCAAUUAUAAUCUACUGGAAGAGUGGAGCAUGUCUCCAGAAGUUGAUAUGGAAAGUAACCAAAAGCACAGUGCAGGGGGAGGGGGGGAAUAUGUGUAUAUAUAACUAUCUUAAUGGUAUUUUGUUGCAAAUAGUAGAAAGCAUGGAUAUCAAACAGCGGGGGAAACUGUACAUCAUUAAAUAGGUGUUUACACAGUGAGGGUCUUAUGAAACAUUCUCUCCUGCUUUUUAUAUAACAUUCCCUAUUUAGAAUUCCUUUAUAAAUAAAUACGCAGUAUGUGUUUGCACGAGAGCUCCUCAGCAAAUGAAAAGAGCUAGUGCAGUAGAGACAUUUCAGAUCAAGCUUCUCUUUAAAAAAAACUUUAAAAAAAUAAUAAAAAAAUAAAAUUUUUAUGGCAGCUUUAUAUGAUUAAAGAAAAAGUACUACUUAAAACCUGGAACUGAAAACUGUUGCAGCAAUAAAAAAGAGAAGUCCAAGAAAGAUUUUUUUUUUUUAAUAAAUUCACAUUUCAGGUGUUGAGUUUAGAUAAAAGUAUUUUUAAAAAACUGAGGUAUUCCCUUUGUCAGUAACAACUGAUGAAAAUGUCUUUUAAAUGUAGCAGCAGCAAAAAGAAAAAUGGCUAAUAAUUGGCACCAAAACUGUGUAGCCCUAGUCAGUAGCAUGGUGGUUUGUUAAGAAAACUAGGAAGGAGAACAGAGAACCUACUACUAGAUCUUGCUUAUGCUUGUUGUAACCAUCUCCUCAAGUUUCUAAGAGACAUCCAGGAAUGCUGUUCCAGAAAGCUUCUUUUUGAGUGUACUAUGCAAGUUAAAUGCUUAGAUGCAGUGGUAGUUGGAAAAAAUCCUUUUAUUUUAGUGAAGUCCUUCCUUGUAUUGCUUGAUCCACUGGAAAAAAAUAACCUGACAUAGAAACCAAACCAACCAAAACAACACCACUUGUAAGUACCACCAUGUCUUAGUGUUGUCUGGGAAUAGUUCAUGGUACAGAGUUGUAUACCAGGGUACUCAUCAUUGUCUACUCUUCAUGGAGUAGUAAGGCCACUGAAGGCAUCUGAGCAAGAGAUGGUCAGAAUUGACUUGGAAUCACUCCCCAGUGCUUAAGCACAGUGUGUACACCAUUCUUUUGGGUUUAGAACAUAUUUUUGCUUGAAUAGGUAGGUAAGCACAGCAAUCUGAUCCCACCACUUAGUUCUAGGCUUUAGCUAUGCCAGAGAGCAGUGAAUACCAAGUGUGUGAAACCUCCCAUCAUAGGAACAUGAAAAUAGUGAUGAUUCAGCUGGAACUUGAGGGAAAGGACACAGGUGCUGUGGUUGUUGGAGGGUGAUUGUAGUUUGUGCAGUAGGCACACCAUGUCCAGCCUUCUCCAGCAAGGGACACUGGCCAACCUUGGGUCACAAGCCAUCCAUUCAUCCUCACAUCUGGUGUUUGUGAACACCUGUUUGGAAGACAUGAAGGUUUAAGCUCAUUCUUCUUCUUAAUAAGUGUCAGCUUUCUAAUCCUGUAUUAUAUCAACUCUAGGCUUCCUGCAGAGAUGCUCAGAUUUGAUGAGGUGAAAUGCCAAUUAACAGGCACAGCUGCAGCAAAGUUAGGAUAGUUUUGUGUAUCGGGCCUCGCCAAGAAUCAAGUUCAUUCUGACAUCUCUGAAGUAGUGAGGAUGUUCUCAGCAGGCUGUGUACACCUCUUGCUUGGGGGGUGUUAGAAGAGAGUGAGGUGUGUUUUGUAGACGGGAGAGAGGGAGGAGGAACAGUGCUUAUCUGGGGACAAGGAAACCUUUUCUUGUGUAGGUUGGACAUAAGACUGAAACAUCGAGAUUCCACAGGUAGUAAGAGUCCAUUUGUGCUUUUGAAAAAAUACUCUAAACAAUUUAUGGGCUCUGAAGCUUCAACAACAAGAAAGUGAACAUGACUUUUCUAAACUGUUGUGACUUUUGGGCACUUAGCAGGCAAACUGGGAAAGCUUUUUUAGCUGGCUGCUGUACAGACUUGUUUUAAGUAGAAUGGAUUUGUUAGUGUUGUUUUGUUUUUUUUUUAUUGUAUUGCUAUUAUUGGCUGCCCUCAUGUCUAAGAUUUGAAAAAGUGAGUGCAUGCAAUGGAAGUACAAGAGGCCCCAGUAAUAGUUCUCCAUGUUUGUUAUGAAAUAGACACAGGUUUCCUUUUUAUGACUUUUUUUAAAGCUGUCUUACGAACAGUUGUAUUGGUACUUUUUUUAAGUUUAGGUCAAUGUUGUCUUCCAGAAUAAGUUUUAAGGCAUCACUCACUCCUGCAUUGAACUAUUGCAUCAACACAAAGAGUGGAGAUUCCAUUCUGAGCCAGUUCAAUUGUGAAAAUUCAUACUUUUUUAUUUUUUAUGCAAUUCCAUGAGUAGAUGAGCUCAGAUUUGAAUUCUUAAAAGCACGUUUAUUGUAACAAGAAUUGUUAUGUAUUAAUACUUCAGUUUUCAAUAAAGAUUGACUUGUGUUGCUUA